AAUGUUUGAAACAAGAUUUAUACCUUGUUUGGUUGUCUUUGUGUUGGGUUAUGUAUUGAAUGGAUUAAAGAGUGCCUUAAAUCCCGAAUAAUUCUUAGCCUUUUUGGGUUAUAUGGGUUUAAGCAUUUUUGCAUACGUGUUAUCAUAUUGGAUGAUUCCUAAGAUUGCUAAAUUAACUGAGAAGGCAGAUAUCUUUGGUUAUGAUAUAAAUAAAAAAGGUAUUCUAUUCAUUUAAUUUAAUAGGCACUGAUGCUGGUAAAAUAAAAAUUCCAGAAUCUUUAGGCAUAGUACCUGCUACAAUUUAUCUCAUUUUCAAUAUUAUAGGAAUACUAUUUACUAGAGCAUAUAUGCCUGAUUUAAUAAUGUCACAUAUCUCAGGAUUGUUAGCUAUUACAUUUAUAGUAUUUUUGGGUUUUGCUGAUGAUGUUUUGGAUUUGGCAUGGAGAUAUAAAUUGUUAUUACCACCAAUUGCAAGUUUACCUGUUAUUGUUGCAUAUACAGGAGGAACAUAAAUAGUUUUACCUCAAUUAAUUAGACCAUAUCUUGGAUAAACAAUUGAUUUAGGACCAAUAUAUUAUCUUUAUAUGAUUAUGUUAUCUACUUUCUAAUCAAAUGCAAUUAACAUAUAUGCUGGAGUCAAUGGAUUAGAAGUAGGAUAAUCUAUAAUUAUUGCAUUGUCAAUAGCAAUAUAUAAUGUCAUUGAAAUUUCAACAUAAUAAUAACAUUUAUUUAGUCUGAUGAUUAUAGUACCAUACAUUUCAUCAGCAUUAGCAUUAUACAAUUAUAAUAGAUAUCCAUCUAAAGUAUUUGUUGGAGAUGUAUUUUGUUAUUGGUCUGGAAUGACAUUUGCAGUGGCUGCUGUACUUGGUCAUUUUUCAAAAACCUUGAUGUUAUUCUGCAUUCCACAACUUAUUAAUUUCUUGUAUUCACUUCCAUAACUAUUUGGAAUAAUUCCAUGUCCAAGACAUAGAUUACCAAGGUACAAUAUCAUUUAAUUUAAAUUAAUAGAUAUGAUGAAAAGACAGGUUUGUUAUAUCCAAUCAAAACUAAUUUAACUUUAAUUAAUUUGAUGUUGUUAAUUAAGGGACCAACAAGCGAAAAGAAUUUAUGCAGAGUUUUAUUAUCAUUCUAAAUACUAUGUACGAUUAUUGGAUUUGCUAUAAGAUAUUUGGGGUCAUAGAUGUUCUUUUGAUAAAUAUUUUAUAAGUUAUAAAUUAUAUAAAUGUUAGCCUCUUUUUAAUAAUAACCACUUGUAAGAAAAAUGGUCAAAUCUCAAGUUGAAUUAUCUAUGCCAUAGACCAAAACCACUUCUGAUUUGCUAUUCUAAAAUUAAAGAUCUUCUUAUUAACAAUAUAGAAAAUAAACUUAACAAUCAGAUGAAAUUUCAGUUUAGAAAUUAUUUUUCAGAACUACAGAACCAUCUAUAUAAGAAACACCUAGUUCAUUAUAUUUAACUAGACAAAAAGAAGAGCCUUUCAUUACUACUACAUCAAAAUUUUAAGAAUAAAAAUAUUAAUAGAGAAUUGAUUUCUCAAAUUCAGACCAUAAGAAUUCAAUUAUUGAAUUACCAAAAUUCAGAAUGGUUGCAAGUAUGUAUGGUAGAAGUAUCAUGUCUACAGCUAAAAUUAAUAGAAGAAUGGCCGAAUCCUCUGAUAGUGAGUUUUUUAUGUAAUCGCCAGGGUAAAUUUAUUAUAAAAUAUCAAGAGAUUAAGAUAAAUGAUAAUUUGUAAUCAAUUAUUUAUGGAAGAUGAACGAUUCCUUUAUUAAUUUAUGUAUAUUCCAGAUUUGACAUAACCAAAAGAAAGAUUUGAUGAUUUUGUCAAAUGUUUAAGGAAUGUACAAAAGAUUAAUAGCAAAAGAUUAUUUUUUUAUUUAAAAGAUGGAACUCCAGUUAAUUCUCACUUAGAUAUACCUCCCACUCAUAAAACCUUAAUAUAUAGUCAAAAUUCUGUUUAUAAACCUUAUGAUAAUCCAUAAUUAGAUCUCUUAGAAUAAUAAUGCAAAUCAUAUAACUUCCUUUAAAUAAAAAAAAAAUAAUAAUAUAAAAAUAGUAAUUCAUAAGUGGAAGAUAUAAUUAGAACUUUAAAUGAUGGAUAAGAUAAUCAAUAUAAUUCUAAAGAAUUAAAAACAUAAUUAAGGAAUCUCUCACUUAGAAAGUCAAGUUUAAAGAAUUCUCUAGAAAAAUUAAUAAAACCAACUUAAUUUAAUGUAGAUAAUAAUUUAAAAUUAUAAAAAACUGUCAUUAAUACAUAAAUAGAUAAAACUGAAACUUAGGAAUAAAAUAAAAUGGAAUUAUUUGAUGAUAUGUUGUAACUUUAUGAAUAAGAAUUAAAAAAAAUUGAUUUCAAUUAAAAUCAACCUGAUGAUAUUAAUUAAAUUUAAUUUGAUAAUGAAAAUGAUGAAAUGAGAUUAAAAAUUAAAUAAGCUGCUUGUUUGUUAGAACCAUUAUUAAAUAAAUUUUUAAAUUUCACAUAAAAAAAAGAAGAAAUUAUUGAAGAAUAAUUUUAAUUGAAUAAUAUGGAAUAAAAAAGAUAAUCUAAAAGUUAAUAAAAUUUUGUACAUAAAAAUAUUAAAAGGAGAAUAAGUCAUAAAUUUAGCUUAUAAUAAUUAUUAAAAAUAAAUCGAGAAUUAUUUAUUUAAAAUAUUCCAAAAUUAUUAUCAUCAUCAAAUUUCUCUCGUUAUGAAUUACAUAAUACUUAUGUACUCUAUUGUGCUUUAUAAUAAAUUACAUCAUAAAGAUAUAAAUAUUAUAAUAUAAAUGAUGGUGUUGAUUAUUAAACUUAUAGAAGAGGAAUAUUUUAAAUAUUCUUUUAAAAUGAAUUUUUGGCUCAAUAAAUUUUUAAUAGAAUAGAUUAUAAUUAUAGUGGAUUUCUUAAUUGGGAAGAAUUCUUAAGAUUAAUGAUGAGUAUUAAAGCAAAAACAGUUGUUGAAAAAAUUGAUCUUUUUAUUUCUAUUUCUGAUAGUGAUGGAAAUGGUAGACUAUCUCAUGAUGAAAUUUUUAAAUUAGCUAAAUUAUGUUUAUCUCAUUAUGUAUAAGAUAAGGGAGAAUUUUUAGAUAUUUUAUGUGAAUAUUAUACUAGGUUAAUCUUUUAAAUUGUCAAUAAAGAAGUAACAGAAGAAAUACCUUUUGAAGAGAUCAAAAAAGCUAUAUUAGAAAAUAAAGAAGAUAGUGAUCUCUUAUUAAUGUUUUGUGGAGCAGAUGUAUGA